UCUAGUGCUCCUCCAUCUCCCCUGCCUCGCUCUCAUACUACAUACCCUUGUUUGCUUGGACCUGUCUGUCCUCUGUAGCCUUAUCUAGCAAAUCGUCUUCGCCUUCGAGCUCGCUCACAUCUGACGCAUUUCGCCUCUUCUCUGUGUUUCUCUAGAAUACUUGUUACGUUCUGCAUCCGUUUCUGACGUUUCUUCCAUUCCACGCCCGCAUACGGUCACGCACCAAUUCACUCAUGUCUGCUACUACUACGACCACUCAAGCCAUCUCCACGGACGCGCAAGCCCCAGCCUACGCAUUCCUCGCAUAUCCACCUCCGCAGAAGAAACGCCCCACGCAGCCUCUCCCUUCUCCACCGACACUUAAGCGCGCUCCGUGCUCACAGCCGUACCCUAGGCGUAGGUCUGCCACGACCUCUGCUAUCGCGGCCUGGGUGAGCGCUGUCCAGCCUGGCUCUCCCGCUCCAUACUCGCCCUGUCGCCGCUCUUCUCUCUCAAGUACUCGUCGCUCGUCUUACGGCUCAGCUUCUAUCAUCUCUCGGCGCCCGUCUGUCACCGCAGGAACCCCGCACUCAGCGUCUUUCGUAAACAGCCAAGUCAUCACCCCGUCAGUCAAAGACUUCAAGCCGGAUCUUACCGCCGUGGGAUACACAUCCGUCUUCGUGCACUUCCCAGAGACACCGCUUUCUGCGACCAUUCCUCUUUACACUGGCGCGGGGAACAAGAGCCGUCCGCCGCCCUCGUUCACCCGCGUUCCUGCAGUUCCUCGCUCGCCCUCCAGCCCAGUCAAGCCGGUCAAAGGUCUCAAGCACUUCCGGUCGCUGUCCGUAUUGAAGACAGGAAGGCGUGCCCGCUCGCAGUUCUCAGCCAUGCGCGGUCCUCCUUCUCCCGCUAUGAAGUCCUCUGUCCACGCGAGCUCCAAAGCUGCGCGUGUCCAGGCGAGUGCGGCCAUUAGCGCGAACAAGAAGUCCAAGUACGCUAAGUUUCGCCCUCCCCCGCUUGCUGCCGAGCUUGCCCUCGCGCAGCUGGCCGAUGGGGGCUCAAUCGAGGACCACAUCCGCCGCUUCGCUGAGGCCCAAGCCAAGGCCGGUGGUGCGACCGAGGUGACACGUGACGGUCGUCUGGUUGGUGUCACGGAUGUCUACCGCGAUGGCGAGGGCGGUGUCUGGCGCGACCAGGACGAGGAAUGGGAGUACGCGCAUCUCCUCGGCGGUGACGAGGAGUGCUGCGGAAGCGAGGAGAGCUGGGUGCGCUUCGAGUCGCCCACAAAGCCGCGCAAAUCCUCCCUCAUUCCUUCUGAGAACGACGAGCCUCGCCGCGGCAGCGUCUCGAGUCAGGACUCCGACUUAGAUCCCCGUUAUGCGAUGCAAACGGAGGACAGUCGUGACGACCUCGCUGCAUUUGGGAGCGCCCUUGCUCCUGCCUGCGCUCGUCGCCCUGGGAUGUCCGUUCUCGCUAUCCCUGCACGCACGCGUCGCACAGCCAAGCAUCUCCGCAAGCCCGAGUUCUUACUCGAUGUCUUCCCUGUGCCCGAAGGUGCCGUCACCCCAACUUCUACCAUGCACGCCUCGAAGGCGCCCUCGACCAAACAGCGCAAGCGGCCUGCUCCCCUUAGGCUUACUCCGCCUAGCCCGGCAUUCAAGUGCCCAACGAACCCGUUGGAUGCAGAGCGGGUUCGUGACGACUUCCUCGCGACCUCCUUCGCCCCUGCUGUUCCGCCGAAGUCCGCGCGGAUGCGGCCCGAAGUCCCGCGCCAUAUUACUCCUCUCUCGCCUCGCCCUAUUCAGGAGGCGAUUGCGAAGAAGCCAUCGGCGAAACUGGCCAUGCGCGGUCUCCUCCGUGCCAUGGGCGGGAAAAAGGGCGACCUCUAAGCAGAGGCCACCUUCGUCAACUGCCAAUUGUCAAGCCGAGGUUUGCACCAGCUGGAUCUAUCCCGCGAAGUAGAUCUGGAUAUUCACUUCGCGCCGGAGAUGUGGUCCUCUGCACUCUCUACACAUGCCUUCUCACGUUCUUGCUGACGUUUUCUGAUGCUAUCUACAUUGCUUGACUUUGCUCUCGACUCUCGUGUAACACGCUGAACAACCCGUGACGUUUGUAUUCUUGGUAACUUAGGGAAACUCAUAACGACCUUUUGUAUUGUAAUAUGCCG